UAACAAGGUCUGGCUCAUAGUAAAGCUGAAGCCUGGCGGAGGCUUUCAUCUUGUAAUGACAUAAUAACUUAUUCGGAUCUUUCCCUCUGCCUGUUACUUUGCAGAAGCUGCGGUGAGCUGGACAUACACAAAUCUAGCAUUAUCAAAAUAUAUGGAUAAGAAUGUUCAAGAAGAACGGUUUAUGGGAAUGAUUAAAUUCACACCUCCGUUGUACAAACAACGUUACCAGUUCAUCAAAGAUUUAGUGGGGAAAUACAAACCUAAGAAGGUGGCAGAUUUGGGAUGUGCUGACUGUACUCUUCUCUGGAUGCUAAAAUUCUGCAGUUGCAUUGAAGUGUUAGCUGGGCUAGAUAUCUGUGAGAACGUGAUGAAGGAGAAAAUGCAUAGGUUGUCUCCUCUUCCUGGUGAUUAUUUGCAACCAGCUGAAAGAUCUCUAACUGUUACCUUGCAUCAUGGCUCAGUUGCUCAUAAAGAUCCCUGCAUGCUUGGUUUUGACUUGGUAACAUGCAUUGAAUUAAUAGAGCAUCUGGAAGAAUCAGAACUGGAAAAGUUUCCUGAAGUGGUGUUUGGUUUCAUGGCUCCAACCAUGGUUGUGAUAAGUACUCCAAAUUCAGAAUUUAACCCAUUGCUUCCAGGAGUAACAUUAUUCCGGCAUCCAGACCACAAAUUUGAAUGGAACCAAGCAGAAUUUCAAAGCUGGGCACUAAAUAUUGCUAGAUGCUACGAUUACUCAGUGGAAUUUACUGGCGUAGGGCCCCCACCAACAGGAAUGGAGGAUGUUGGGUUUUGUACCCAAAUAGGUGUGUUUGUAAGAAAAUAUUCCCAAACCAGUGAAACUGCUCAUUUUGAGAAACCCACCAAAGCAGCUUACAAAACUGUCUUCAAAGCAGUGUAUCCAAGUCUUAAAGAUGAGAAGUACCUGCAGAAUGCAGUGGUCAGUGAAGUUAUUUUCACAGCACAGGUCAUUAAGCGAAGUCUGCUGGACCAUUUAAAAUCAGAGCAUGAGGAGUAUAAUGAUGGUCCUGUUGAGAUAAAAUCUAAAUUCCAACAUUCAAAGAACUGUGUUUCAGAAGAUCUUGAAAAAUUGGCUGUUGGAAAAAGCCUGGAGCCAUUUGUCAAUGGAAAUGCGGUUUAUGUACCUCUUACAAAAAUCUUCUCUUUUCCCAAAGUGAAUCAACUUUGUGGCACGUUUGAGAAGUUAUGCAAGCUUAUUACUGGCAAGGUCACACUGAGCAGUGAUGGUUCUGGUGUUAUGGUGAACACUGAACAUGAAAAUGAAGAGGAGGAGAAUUAGAUUGCAGAUUUCUCGCACAAAGUUUAGUUAAAGUAAUGAAGGUAUUGUUUUUUGUAGUUUUAGUCUGGUGUGUUCUGCAUGCGAACUAGAACUGCAAAAGGCAAUUACAUUCAUAUUUAAUCCUUCCAGUAUUUACCCAUUAGCACCUCUCUCAUUUAGUGGUAAAUUAAUGGUUCUGGCAAAGAUCACUAAAACCCAUAGGAUUUUUAGAAAAAGAGUGUCAGGGGAUACAAAUGAAGGAGUUAAUCCCUAUCAAGAAGCAAAAUGUAGUAGUUAUUCUGACUGGACUCUUGGUAAUCUUUUGUUAGCUCCAAGGAUGGUGGAUGGGAACACAGAACUACAUUGUUACGCUGAAUAAUAUGAUGAGUCAGGCGUAGGUUUAAGGCAGAUUUUUUUUCUUAAUGGAAUAAAAUUUGUGGAUGCUGUUUCCAGGAUGUCAGCCUUGGAGAAAACUAAAUAGUAUUCCAGAUGCACUGAAAUAUGUUGCAGAUGGUUAAAGGUCAGUAAAUUCAAUAACUGGGAAAAAGCACCAUGACCUCGAAUGUAAGGUAGCAAAAACAGGUAGAUUUUCUCCAGUUUCUUCUUAACUACUGCUUGAGAAAUAAUUUUCAUGCCGUAACUCUCCAGAAGCUGAACUUACUCCAUUUGAAAUUGAUAUCUCUGACUAUUCUGUUUUUGAAAAAAAUCUGUCAUUACGAAUGAUAAUCUGGCCCCCACGUGCCUGGAAAAAAAUUAUCCCUUUUCAUGUGUAGUUAUCGUCCAAAAAUUCUUGCGGACACAUUCAGUCGAAAUAAAACGUAUAGGUGUUAUUGACAGUGGCUUGGCCAAGAUAGCUGCUUUUCUAAGUAGACUUGAAUUGUAUGUGUAAAUGCAUAGUAAGCAAAUGUUAGACUAUUGAAUUCGGAAGACCGAAAUGUUGAAGGAUGCACAGGAUUGGCAUAUUCUUACAGGGGUACUACAGUUAAUCACUGCAACUUUUUGAGUUUCUUCUUAUACCCCAUUUACAUAAUAUCUUACCUGAAGUAUUUGUUAAGAGUAAAGAGAUGGUUAAUUAAAAGGCCUCACUCAGUAUAUAUUUCACAGUUUCUUUGGCAGCUUUGAAUGAGCAAUUCUUAUAGAAGCUGACUUCCUGUUUCUGAAAUAUGAAAGUUUCACAACUUUCCGAAAAUAAAAAGUCUGUUCUAAAUAUCUGGAAAUUUGCUUGAAUUCGUUAAGGUUAAAGACCAGACAUAAAGGGAAAUUUCUCUGAAUUGAGGAAAGGUUAAUCUUUAACAGGCUGAGUUUCUGAGCUUCAGAAAGAGAAGACUGAUCUGCACUGCUCUAUCAUAUGGAAUGAUUAAAAAAUGCUCACUUAAUAAUCUCUCUUUUGUGGGGGAAUUUUCUCCCUCGAUAAAUAGAAAUGGCUUAUUAGAAAUUAAUUUUUAACACAAUGUAUGUAUAUAUUUAUUUACAUUGUGAUACCAGCCUGCCACACCUUGUAUGUUAAAGUAUUUGUAAAAUUCAAAAUUGGUAAAUAUUCUUUGGAUACUAAUAAGCAUAGCUGUUUGAGAGUGGGUCCAGUUGCAUUAGUUUCUUCUUAGGAAAUAUCUCAGCUGUUCACUGUGUAGUUUCUUUAAUUAGAAGAUUUUUGGACCGUGGUACUUCUUACUACCCAUGUAAUUUUCUCUUGUUUAUAUUUAUUUAUUUAGUAUACUUUGUAGCUUGGUCAUUUUAAAGUGAGGAAAAGGAACAUGGAGGAUUCCAGACCUGGAAUAUUUGCCUUCAAUUCUGUGUUCAGCUAACAUUUGAUUAAAAUUUUACGCAUAUUUGCGAAUAAAGGCAGUAUUUAUUGUGUCACAUUUAAACUUUCAGUUUCAGACAGACCAAGAUCAAUCCCAUAUUUCAAAUCGGGAUGCUGAAAGGAAGUAUAUGCAGACUAAAUGUUUUAGCUUGCAUGUGACAAUAUUACUGACCAGGAGAUGGCAUACGUAUCUCAAAACAGAUUGACCUUAGGUUGUUCUAAAUUUUAAAAUCUAAACAAAGUGGAUCUGUCAUUGACUUCCUUUGAUAAACAUUCUGAAAUAAGAAAUAUUACCCAUUUAUGACUGUCACAGGGAUUUUUCAGAAAAAAUUAAGAGACUUAUUAACUGCUUGCUCAGUUUAUGCUUGCUUUGAACUGGAUAAUUGUAAAAUUACUCUUAAGAUUUUGAGUUCUGUGUUCUUAAAGAAGUAAAACUGUUUUGGGAACUGCCUUUAAUUCCAUAGAAAGCCCAGUUGCUUUACUGUUUGAACUUGUGGCUGGAAAGGAUUUUGUUUGCUUUGACUUUCUUGCAUUCAUUCCUUGGGGAAAUCUUCUUAAUGAGGCUGUAUUAAAGUAUGCAAAUUUCUAUAAAUAUUGCACUGUCAGGGGAUGUAGGAAGGUGGGAGGGAGGGGGAAAGGUUAUUGAUUUGUCAGAAAAAUUUUAUCAGUACAAGCAAUUUGAAUUACUUUUGCAAUUGUUUGGGUUUAACCAGGUGCAGAAGUGAAUAAAGAGCAUCAGAAGAAAGAUAAGUAGUGGGAAAUAGCCAAAUAAUAGUUUUGAAGAGUUUAAAAGUAGGAUCAUAACAGGCCCAGGAGAAGAAAAUAGUUCCAUAUACUGUUUGUGGCAUCAGAACUGAAGCAGAGGAUUGGAGAAAGCAUGUGGAAUAAAGGUGGACAAGAAAGCCAGUGUGGUAAAAAUACAGUGUAGUAUCUUAAAUAUAAAGGAGGUAACUUGAUAGUUACUGAGCAAGCUAGCAAAGAAUGGAAUAUGGUCAGAAUGGCUGAACAGAAUGAUUUUGGUGAUGGUGUUUUAGGAGAA